AUGGCUACAACACAGCACCAGUACGAUGAAGGCCCGGAGCUGGCACCUCAGCAUCAGUACCCCGAGGUCUACCACCCGCCACCCCAGCAGUCGUACUCGGCCUCGCCACAGCCAGAACCCGUGACGCCGAUGAAGCAGGAGGGCUCGACGUACGGGUACCCGGCCUCCGGCGUCGACCAGUCCGUCUACGGCGGCAACCAGUACCAGAACCACGCCGCCGGGGAGACUGCCCCUCAAAAGUCCAGAAAGACCGUCUGCGGCUGCACGUUCCUCGUCUUCCUCCUCUCCGUCAUCAUCGCCGUCUUGGCGGCCGCCGUCAUCGGUCUUGCGGCCGGCACCGGCGUUGAGGCGAGCCGGGCCAACAACGCGAUCCAGGAGCUGGCGGCCAUGUCGGCGUCAGCGACGAGCGGCGGGACGACGGCGACGACGACGGUGACGGUGACAAGCGCCUCAGCGACGGCUACGGGGUUCAACGCCCUCACCAACGGCUGCACCGACUCGAGCGAGACGACGACUGGCCAGACGUACACGACUGACUUUUUCGGCAAGAAGACGUUCACCAUGUACUGCAACAAAAACGCACCCAACUCGCCGUUGAUGUCGCUCUUCACGGCAAACUUUGACAACUGCAUGGACGCCUGCGCAUCCUUCACAAACUACGAGCCCGGGUUCGAGGGCAACGCGUCGUGCACGGGUGUUAGCUUCAUCCCGCUGUGGACGACGAGGGCGGGCGCCGUCGAGGGCAAGGCGCCGGGCAACUGCUACCUCAAGCCGGGGAACCAGACCAAGGGGAACUUGGAGACGCCCAAUAUCGGGACCGAGUGCCAUGCCGCCAUCAUGAGCUAA